GCAAUGGAUAGAAGGAAUCAGUCGACAGUAUCAGAGUUUGUGCUCCUGGGACUCACUAAUUCAUGGGAGAUCCAACUUCUCCUUUCUGUUUUCUCUUUUUUGUUCUACUUGGCAAGCAUGAUGGGAAACCUUGUCAUUGUGUUCACUGUAACCUUGGAUGCUCAUUUGCACUUCCCUAUGUAUUUCCUCCUGGCUAACCUCUCAGUCAUUGAUAUGUUGUUUUGCUCAAUCAUAGCCCCUAAAAUGAUUUGUGAUAUUUUCAAGAAGCGCAAAUCCAUCUCUUUCUGUGGAUGCUUUACCCAGAUCUUCUUUAGCCAUGCUGUCGGGGGCACUGAGAUGGUGCUGCUUAUAGCCAUGGCCUUCGACAGAUAUGUGGCCAUAUGUAAGCCUCUGCACUACUUGACCGUCAUGAGUCCCAGGAUGUGUCUAUACUUUGUAGUCACUUCCUGGGUCAUUGGCUUCAUCCAUUCAUUGAUUCAAGUAGUUUUUGUGGUAGACUUGCCUUUUUGUGGCCCUAACGUGUUGGACAGUUUUUAUUGUGACCUUCCCCGGCUCCUCAGACUUGCCUGCACAAACACCCAAGAACUGGAGUUCAUGGUUACUGUGAAUAGUGGGCUCAUUUCUGUGGGCUCCUUUAUCGUGCUGGUCAUUUCAUACAUCUUCAUUUUGUUUACUGUUUGGAAACAUUCCUCUGGUGGCUCAUCCAAGGCUAUCUCUACACUGUCAGCUCAUAUCACUGUGGUAGUUUUGUUCUUUGGGCCACUGAUGUUUUUCUACACAUGGCCUUCUCCCACAUCCAACCUGGAUAAGUAUCUUGCUAUUUUUGAUGCAUUUAUCACUCCUUUUCUGAAUCCAGUCAUCUAUACAUUCAGGAACAAAGAGAUGAAAGCGGCAAUGAGGAGAUUGUGCAGUCAUGUUGUGCAUUACCGGACGAUCUUGUGA